AUGAACCGCAAUUACCCUGACUCCCUUGUCGCCGAGAUAUUACCAGAGAUUUUUAAACAUGGUGGGACGCUUAAAGUACUCUCGUUAAGCAAUUACCCUUCAAUGGACACCGAUCAAUUCUUCAAACUUACUCAUGAAUGCUCACAAUUGGAACAACUCCUGGUCCACGUUGAGAUAUUGGACUGGAACAAGAUGGCACUCUGUCUCAUGGAAGUUCCACGGCUCAGUUAUCUCCACUUGAUGGGUUAUACUCUAAGCUCAAAUUCCAACAUUCACGCCAUUACCCCUAACGAUGGCCAAUGGUGGCAUCCUGAUGACCCCCCCCCCCCCCCCCCGGAACCUCCAGAGCUACUCAACCCCCUCGACUACACCGUGGGAGACCUCCUUUACCACAGUAUAAAGUCAUGCAAAGAUCGUAUGAUCCCCUGGCGCGCCGGCUGCAGCCUCCGGUAUAUUAGGAUCUCCGCAAUAGGAGUCAAGAGUCACUCGGUCGCUCAAUACAUCUCCCGGGCCUACGAGCUGCGCCAGGGCUCUUUCGAGGUGGAGCCGCAUGCGCUUCAUUCGGACACGGAGCUAGCACCUAGCGGAACGGAAUACACGUUUGAGAACAGCGGUUUCCGAGUAGCGAUAAGAGCGAUUGAGCCUAACACUAGGUACGUUAGGGACAUGGGGCAGAGAGCGGUGCCGUCCACAUGGGCGUGGGAGUGCGCGUUUAGAAACUCGUUCAGAAAGGAUCCCCUCCCGUGA